AUGGUGCAUGAUACGCUUGGCCAAAUAGGAGAUAUUGUUGAUGGUGUUCGAGAUGGUGUCAAGUACUUGAGUGCAUCAGAAGCACGUCUUAAUCAAUUUAGUGAGAUUGCUAAGCAAUUGCAAUUGCCUUCAAAAAAAUUGAUUUUAGAUUGUCCAACCCGAUGGAAUGCAGCUUAUAUGAUGUUGUCUGCUGCUUUGGAGUUUAAAGAUGUCUUCCCUAGAUAUCAUGAAAGGGAUCCAAGUUUUGUUUACGUGCCUAGCCUUGAAGAUUGGGUGAAAGUUGAGACUGUAUGUCAAUUUUUGACAAUUUUCAAUGAAGUCACAAAUAUCAUCUCCGGGAGCGAAUAUCCUACUUCUAAUUUGUUCCUUGCAGAGGUUUGGAGGAUAAAAGAAACAUUGAAUGAGAGGUCGGUGGAUGACAAUGACUACAUUAAGGCAAUGGCUUUGAAGAUGAAAAAAAAAAUUGACAAGUAUUGGGGUGAAUGUAAUUUGUUGAUGGCUAUAGCUGCAGUGUUGGAUCCAAGAUUCAAAUUGAUACUUGUUCAGUUUUGUUUUCUAGAGAUCUACCCAGAGGCAGAAGCUACUAGAAACAUUUCCAUGGUGCGUGACGCCCUAUAUGAGCUUUACAAUGAAUAUGUUGUUAUUCAUACUUCAAGUAACGAUGAGCAAACUUUGCAGCAAAGCACUCAAGAAGCUAAUGAUUCUAGUAAUGCUACUUAUGGUUUUGGAAAAGCACUCGGGACGGGAAGAUCUAAAUUUGAAUCUUUUGUUAGAAAAGCUGACACAAUUCAGCCUGCAAAAUCUGACUUUGACAUUUAUUUAGAAGAAAGUGUUUACAUAUGCAAUGAAGGUUCAAAUUCCCAUUUUGAUGCAUUGGAGUGGUGGAAAGUAAACAACCUCAAGUAUUGA